GACUGGGCGGUGAGUGGCAGUGGUUCAGCUGCAACAAGGCCCUCAGCGUGCUUGAGAAGCUGCCCUUCUGUUCUCAUCGCACCUCUUCCACCCUUUUCCCCUGCUUUCCCCAUGCCCGUCACACCUCCCAGGCCUGGGCGAUGAGCCUGGGCGAUGAGUGGCGCUGGUUCAGUUACUACAAGGCGCUCAGCGUGCUUGAGAAGCUGCCCUUCCGCAUCCGCUCAGCCCAGCAGGUGCAGGGGCUGCCCAGCAUAGGGUCUUCACUGCAGGGUAAGAUUCAGGAGAUACUGUCUUACAGCAUGAUCAAGAAGCUGCGGGCGUAUCAAGCCGACGACAUGGUCCGCACGCUCGCUCUCUUUGGCACGGUCUGGGGCGUGGGGCCUCGCACCGCCCGCCGAUUUUACUCAGCCGGCCACCGCUCGCUUCGCCAGCUGGCGGGCGAUCCCGGCCUCACGCCAACUCAGCGGAUCGCGCUGCGGUUCCACGAGGAUAUGAACAAGCGAAUCCCGAGGGAUGAGGUGGCGGCGAUGGCAGCUCUGGUGGUGAAGGAAGGAGAGGCGCUGCAGCCAGGGGUGAGUGCAGCCAGGGGUGAGUGCUGCGAGGGGUGGGUGCUGCCUGGGAUCGCCAUCGUGUGUGGCGGGUCGUAUCGCCGGGGCAAGGCGACGUCAGGCGACAUGGAUUUCAUCAUCACACACCCCGAUGGUGCCAGCCACCGCGGCUUCUUGGACAGGCUGGUGGGUCGACUGAAGCUCGUGGGCUUCCUGACAGAGGACCUGAUGGUCGGCACUCACCACUCGCAACAGCCGCAUGGUGAGGGCAAGGGCGUGGACACUUACUUUGGACUGUGCAAGCAGGCAGGCAGGGAACAACGGCACCGCAUUGACUUCAAGGUGUAUCCAUGGGAGCAGUACCCUUUUGGGCUCAUACAGUGGACGGGCAACGAUGUGCUCAAUCGACGCAUGCGGCUGUUUGCAGAGGCGAAGGGGUACCGAUUGGACGACCAUGGGCUCGUGCUGCGCAAUGCUGUGAGUUGA